CUGAAAUGUCAGAACCACAGGUUUCUCCGCAUUUUCUGGAUGAAGUGAACACACGUUGCUUUCAAAAGCUGCUCUGCUCCUGCUUCUGGUUUUAUCCUGCAAUCACAUACAGAGAGGAGCCAAGCUGCGACUGCUACGAAUGCCUGUUGGAAAAUUCCAAAUCAGAAGAGGAAAACAAAAGUUUCUAUGGAGUAACACAAGGAGCCGGAAACACACUCCUCAUUCCCUGGAUGACUUCAAGCCUGAACUCUUGCAGAGAUAACCUUGGUGCCCACUCUAUUGGAGGGUUUGUGGAGAGCUUCUCAAGUACACACAUCUGCAGGUUCUGUCUUGGAGAAAGAUCUCAAUUCCAGAUACCUUGAUGUCUACUCAAGCCAAACUUCGGGUCAUUCUUCAGGACCAUGAAAUUCGCAAACUGGACUUACCUCAUGGAAUCCCUAAUACUGUGGAUGAACUUGAGUCUAUUGUGAGGGAGAAAUUUGGGCUUGAAGGGAACUUUACCUUGCAUUAUAAGGAUGCUGACUUUGGAGAGGAAUAUUUUUCUCUUACCUCAACAAAUGACAUCAAGGACAAGGAUACCAUCAAGGUGGUUCACAUUGUUGAACCUCCUACAGUUACUCUGACCUUUACUGAUGGGGACAGUUCCUUUGAAAGUGCAUCAGUAGCCUCGCUCCCUAAUUCUGAGACCUCCAUCCAUCCUGCUAGCAGCAGCUGUUCCUCUGGGUCGCAGGACACACUGAUUCUUUCAUCACCUGAAUAUGUUACUCACCGUACACAGCGUUGGCCCACUACAUUUCCAGUACCUAAUUUUGCUUAUGACACAGAGCUUGUGCUGGCCUCAGGAAAUGAAGAUUUCAAGAGGGAUGGAAUUCAGCUCAACUUUGUCACAGUCCUUUCAGACAUCCUUGAGAAGCUAGCUGAAAGCAUCUUUCUGUAUGUUGCCUACCCCACAAGUGCGCAGUUGAACGAUGUUGCUGAGGCACUAAUUCAGAAGCAUCCUUGCCUUAAAGAACCAGGGUCACAUAAUGGAUGCUACGCAUGGCAACAAAGACUAAAAUAUAAAAUGGCCAGCUAUAGAUCUAAAUUGAGAGGGCUUGGAUGUCCUGAGCUUGAUGUGAAUUCUCUCAGAAAGAAGCGCGCACAUGAGAAAGCACCCGCAAAGAAUAUCAAAAAGCCAAAAAGGGCAGAGGUGAACUAUUUACCUCCUCACCCACAAGGAGAAACAGAAGGAACUUUGGAACAUGUAAGGUUGGAGCUCCUUGAUGAAGUAAAGAAGAGGAACAACUGCCAGGUCAUCAGUGAGAAAAUGGCAAAGACAUUCUCCAUUCGCAGGCAGGAAGUUGUCAAUCAAGCACCACCAAUCAGUGACUUAAGAGACCGAUGGCCUGCUCUUUUCGAUGCAACUCAGAUAAAUGAAGAAUUCAGAAGGGUCACCACUGUUGUCCUUGAGACAACGUUCAUGGCAAAACUGGACCAGUAUACCCUGAAAAUAAUGGCACUGGUGUCCUCAAGAGGAGGAGCUGCAAAAAUGAAGAUUCAGCACAUAAAGAACAUGCUGCUAGAGGAACAGACGGUAGAAAGGAGGAGAGAAGCUGCAAUCCGUUGCCUAAUCGUGUACAUGAGAGAACAGGAGGAGGAUCUCUUCAAAGAACAGUUGGAUGGCGAUGAAGUAAUGAAGAUUGUUGUGAGCAGAGGGGCAUCUGAACCAGCCAACGCAACAGUGGUGAUUGAGGGAGCAGAAGUCCUGGAUGGCCUGACUGUCCCAAGAGCAUGUGCCUUGCUCAUGGGACUAAUAUAUGCACUCAACCUCAGUUACCCAAAAGAACUAAAAUGCACUUUUGAGGUAUUUCAAAAGAUAUUCCUUGAGCUGGAUGCUCUGAGAGCUAGUCCCAAGGUAAUGUCUCUAAAAGGUAAACUGCUGCACUAAAAAUUAGGCUGCAUUCUAAUUCAAGUGUUAUAUUUGUGUUGCUUCCUGGUGCAACAUAUACCACCUCUAUUGUUGCCAGUUAGUUAUUGAUUAGAUGCAUCUAGCUAAAACAAAUAGUUACAACAGUCAUUUUAUUUAAUGAUUAUUUUGAAGUCUAGUUUGUAAAUUUUUUUGUACUUUUGAGGUGUUAUCUACGGAAGCGUAUUGC